UUUAAUGAGUGAUCACGAGAACUCAAAUAUAGACGAAGUCAUUGCUAAGAUAAAAACUCUGCCUCUUGCUCAAAGAGUCCAUGCAGUAGCUCUAUUCCAUAGUCUCAAACGAAAAUAAAAAUAUGAUGAAGAGUUAUAAGAAGAAAUUAACAAAAUCACAAAUUAAUAUGAUCGACUCAAUUUACCAUUAUACGAAAAGGUAAUUGAAAAAGUAUAAAUUUGAAAGCAAAAUGAAAUCAUUUUGGGAUAGAGAAUUCCAAAUGAAGUCGAAUUAGCUGAUUUGGCAAAAUUUGUAAAUGACACUGAAACAUAACAAGUCAAUGAAAACAAUGUCGCUGAACCUUUGUCAGAAUAUUGGUACAAAGUCCUUAAAAACUCAACUUUGAUAUGUAACAUUACAAUAUUAAUAUUUAAGCUGACGUUUGUCAUGACAAUGAGAAGGAUUGGGAAGUGUUGAAAUUUCUUCAGAAAGUUGAAUUGGAACAUGAAGAGAACAAUAACAAUUUCACUGUUAAAUUGACAUUCCUACCAAAUGAAUAUUUCACUAAUGAUGUGCUUAAGAAGAGAUUCAUUUUUGAAAAGAAUGAAGACACUCCAGUAAAGAGUGAAUCCACUCACAUUAAUUGGAAGGAAGGAAAAAACAUCACUUAAAAGAAGGUUUCCAAGAAGUAGAAGAACAAGAAAACUGGAGCUUCAAGGAACGUUGAAAAAGUAGUCGAUGCUGACAGUUUCUUCAAUUUCUUCAAAGACUUUGAUCUUACCAAUCAGAAGGAAUUGGAUGAAGAGGAAUUAUAGAAGUAGGAAGACUUAAUGAAUGAACACUUUGACAUAGCCACUGAAUUCUUAGAUUCUAUCGUUCCUAGCUCUUUGGAAUUGUAUUUGGGAUUGCAACCAGAAAUCGAUGGAUUGGAUGAGGAUGAUGAAGAAGAUGACGACGACAAUGAUGAGGAUGAGGAUGACGAGGAUGAUAAAAAGAAAUCGGUAUGAAUCAUUAUGAGUUUUAGAAAAGAAAGAAGUCGAGUGGCAGUAAAGGAGGCGAUAAUAAAAAAGCAGAGAAACCAGAAUGCAAAUAACAAUGAAAUAAAUACAUAUUAAUUAAAAC